GUGAAGCCAUUAAAAGGGACCUUUAGAGUUCCAUACUCCUCUUCGGGGCACCCAUGCUCCGCCUUCAGUAUUCCAAAAGACCACCACAGACCAGGUAUAUCCGGAUUCGACACGGUGAUGUACGUAGCCGCUGGUCCGUCACACUUAGAUGGAAAUGUUGCUUGGGCAAUUUUGUGCGCAACGCUGACUGAUGGUCGUCCGGUGGCAGGUGGUAUUUAUCUCUCUCCACGUGAAAUCGCCAAUACCUCGCAAAUGGUACGUGUUGUCGCUCACGAGAUGGCACACAUCCUUGGUUUCGACAGAGAAGUGUUCUCUGCUAAUAAAAUGAUUUCUCUCGUGCAUGAUGUUCGAGGAAAGAGUAACGUUCAUAUGUUAACAUCAGAAAAGGUUAUGGAAAAGGCUCGG